AAUCUGCGACUACAAAUCGCGAGAGCGGCGGAGCCUGGGCGGGCGCGGUGGGGCCUGGGCCGACGCGCGGCGGCACCGCGACCCAGGACCGCGGGCCGGGCGGCAGGCCCUGGGCCCGCACGGCCGCGGCAUCAUGACGGGCCGCGUGUGCCGCGGCUGCGGCGGGACCGACAUCGAGUUGGACGCGGCGCGCGGCGACGCGGUGUGCACUGGCUGCGGCUCGGUACUCGAGGACAACAUCAUCGUGUCCGAGGUGCAGUUCGUGGAAAGCAGCGGCGGGGGCUCCGCGGCAGUGGGCCAGUUCGUGUCGCUCGACGGUGCUGGCAAAACCCCAACCCUGGGUGGCGGCUUCCAUGUAAAUCUGGGAAAGGAGUCCAGAGCACAGACCCUGCAGAACGGGCGGCGUCACAUCCAUCACCUGGGGAACCAGCUGCAGCUGAACCAGCACUGCCUGGACACAGCUUUCAACUUCUUCAAGAUGGCCGUGAGCAAACACCUGACCCGGGGCCGCAGGAUGGCUCAUGUGACUGCUGCCUGUCUCUACCUGGUCUGCCGCACAGAAGGCACACCCCACAUGCUCCUGGACCUCAGCGACCUGCUUCAGGUGAACGUGUAUGUGCUGGGAAAGACGUUUCUUCUCUUGGCAAGAGAGCUCUGCAUCAAUGCACCAGCCAUAGACCCAUGCCUCUACAUCCCCCGCUUUGCUCACCUGCUGGAGUUUGGGGAGAAGAACCACGAGGUGUCCAUGACAGCCCUGAGGCUCCUGCAGAGAAUGAAGAGAGACUGGAUGCACACAGGCCGGCGCCCCUCAGGUCUUUGUGGAGCAGCCCUUCUGGUGGCAGCUAGAAUGCACGAUUUCAGGAGAACUGUCAAGGAGGUCAUCAGCGUGGUCAAAGUGUGUGAGUCCACACUGCGGAAGAGGCUCACAGAAUUUGAAGACACCCCCACCAGCCAGCUGACCAUCGAUGAGUUUAUGAAGAUUGACUUAGAGGAGGAAUGCGACCCCCCCUCAUACACAGCUGGGCAGAGAAAGCUGCGCAUGAAGCAGCUUGAGCAAGUCCUGUCAAAAAAACUGGAGGAGGUUGAAGGGGAAAUAUCCAGUUACCAAGAUGCAAUUGAGAUUGAACUAGAAAAUAGCCGGCCAAAAGCGAAGGGGGCUCUGGCCAGCCUGACCAAAGAUGGCUGUUUUGCAGCUUGGUGGAAGUAUUUUCUUGUUGGAGAGAGGGCUCGUUCUGCUUCCUACCUGUUAAUAGGUAGCGUGGGUCGUGUGUCCCUAGGCCCCGUCGAGGACACCACCUCCAGCUUGCUUGGCGAGGAAGACACGGAGGAUGAGGAGCUGGAGGCUGCUGCCAGCCACCUGAAUAAGGACUUCUACCAGGAGCUUCUCGGCAGCAACACCCCAGGCAGCUCAGAAGCAGCAGGAAGCCCUGAGGGGGUCAUUAGGCCCCCAGCCCUGGAGUCCCUGCUCGGUCCCUUGCCCACAGCAGCCAGCCUGGGCAUCUCCGAAUCUAUCCGAGAGUGCAUUUCGUCCCAGAACCGGGAGCCUACAGACACCUGCGGAGAUGGCGAACUGGAUCUCAGUGGCAUUGACGACCAUGAAAUCGACAGAUACAUCCUGAAUGAGGCGGAGGCGCGCGUGAAGGCUGAGCUAUGGAUGAAGGAGAAUGCUGAGUACCUGCGCGAACAGAGUGAGAAAGAGGCCAGAAUCGCCAAGGAAAAGGAGCUGGGCAUCUACAAGGAGCACAAGCCCAAGAAGUCUUGCAAACGACGGGAGCCGAUUCAGGCCAGCACAGCUGGGGAGGCCAUUGAAAAGAUGCUGGAGCAGAAGAAAAUCUCCAGCAAGAUCAACUACAGCGUGCUGCGGGACCUCAACAGCACUGGUGGGGGUAGCCCUCGGCGGGAGGACACCCAGCCUGAGGACAGGGGUAGUGCCAGGAAGCUGUCACGGAGGAAAACGCCAGCAAGCAGAAAUGUGACUGACCCUGUGACCAGCGUGGGGAAAAGGUUGAGGCCUCUGGUGUCUGUGCAGCCAGCUAAGAAGGCAGCCAUGGGAAAGGCCUCACUCCCUAGCACCCCUGCCCUUGGAGCUGACCUGGCUAAGCCUGAGGCAGUCCUGGUGGAAAGUGGACCUGUGUCGUACCACCUUGAGGAGGAGGCAGAUGAGGAGGAUCCCGAUGAGGAGGAUGGGGAGCACUGUGUCAGCGCCCUGCAGAUGAUGGGCGGCAGUGAUUACGGCUGUGAUGGCGAUGAUGAUGAAGGCUACUAAGUGAGGCCUGGUGGCCCAGCACCUUGGCAGUGGGCCCUGAGCGUGUCUCCUGAGGAUCACACCGGCCUCCUAGGCUGUGCCCCGGCAUGAGUGCAGAGACUGAGCUGCUGGGAUGAGCGCUGCCCACCUGCUCCAUAGCCCUCACCCAACGGCUGCAUGCAGCCUCCUGGGACUUAGCAUUGAGAUCAUGUUUUGAGCAAUGAAAGGAGUAUUUUUACCCAGCAAGAGAAACUGUACCAAAUGCCUACAUGUGUCUGUAGGAUAUAGACUGGGAGUGCCCAAGGCUGGAUCCCAGCCUGCUAGCCCUCCACCUACCCAGGAACCCUCAAAGGUGGGCAGUCCUGUUCCCACCAUAAGGAAACUGAGGCAUAAGACAGCCCCACUGCUGGUCCAAGGGAGCAGAGAGCUGAGUGUGCUGUCCCUGAGGCUCCAGAACCCCAGUCUAAAGCCCUCAGUGUGCGUGUGCCACCCUCCCACACCGUCCUGAGAAGCCCUGUAUGCCCAACCCCCUCUGCUGGGCCUGGUGUCAGGGAAGGCAGUAGGAGGUCAAGGUCUCCCCAUGGUCACCGGACAGUGUGCCGCUCCCCACACAUCAUGGCUGUGUGGGUGGGAGAUGGCCCUCAAUCCCCAGCUGCAGCCCCUCCUUCAGACUCUGCCCCCGACAGGCUGCCCCUGGUCAGGGAGUAUGGUUGGCAGCUGCAGGCAUCCGUAAGCACAGCUCCCUGCUGUCCUGGCCUAGGUUGUGCCUACGGCUCAAAAGAGCUAGGACUGGGCUCUGCAUCCAUGGAGGGCAGGCAGGGGUUUCCUUGCCCCAGGCCUCUUCUCUGGGGGUUCCCAAGGACCACCUGCAGGGUCUUAGCUAAGUCAUCACUGCCUGAGGGGAAGGACAGGUGCUUCUAGCCUUGAUGUGGCUCCACCCUGUUCCCCUGGGAGAGCAUGGCCUCCAUGGCAGAGCGGUGCCAUACUGUCCUCCAGCACAGCCCUCGGCCUCCUGGUGUGCUGGGCUGGGAGUCCUGCCCACUGUUUGACCCCCAGCAGGCCAGACCACCCCCCAUCCCCAGAAUGCAGUAAAGCCCUUGUGGCUGUGCCUCUCUGCCUCCACCGUGUGGCCAGCUGCACCCAGAGCCUCUGGGAGGCUGAGGGGAAGGACUGACUUAGUGAAACAGAGAGAUCUGCUACUUGAAGGAAACUGGCUGAGGUUGUUGUCUGUGAUUCCUGUCCGCUUCUGGCCUACCUUUGACUGGGGCACAGCAGGCAUACUGGGUCUCAGGGUGCCGUCCAGCUGACAGGCU